AUGGCCAAAAAGAAGAAGGGCAACAAGAAACAAGGUAAAAAUAGUAACCUCAAUUCUAAUUCAAAUUCGAAUGUUACUAGUAGUAACGCCUCUAUGAACGAAGAAUCUUCCAUUGAUAGUAGUCCAAUUAAAGGUGGUGUAACUGGUGGUGUAGCUGCAAGAAUUGCAGCUUUGCAAGCAAAUAGUAAUACAGACUUCGGCGCUUCCAAAUCAACAACGGAUCAGAACGUUGAUCCUGACGUUAAAAACGAUGAAUCUGAUGAAGAGCUGUUUCAUGAAGCAGGGGAAGGAGAUUUUACACAUGAAUUAAAACUCCAGAAUGAUUUAGACGAUGAUUUGAAUGCUCCAAUAAACAAGGAAAAUGCUGGAGAAGAAGAAGAGGAAGAUCCUGCAGUGAUUGCUGAAAGAAGAAAUAAACAUGUUGCUGCUAAUUUGAACGCUCUUAUAGACGAUUUCGACUUCCUCGAUGGUGGAAAGACAAAUGAUAUGGAUGAUAAUUAUGACGAGGAUGAUGACGAUGACGAUGACGAACAGGCAAAUGACAUGCUCUUUCGUAAACCACCUAUUAGAAAACAACCUCCACGCCUGGACAUAAAAAGAGAUCCUGCCCCAAUAACCCCAGUAGAUCAAAUCUUUGGUUUAACUUCUCCACCAGGUAUUUCUCACACCAAAGAAGCACAUAUUUCUAAUACUGUCACUCCAGUGGAAAGUUCGUUUGAUGUAAAUCCUAAAAAAGAUGUUAGUAACCCACCUAAUGAAACCAUUAAUACAAUACAGCCUAAUCUCCACGAAUUUUCUGAAGAAAAAGGUACAAGUACAGAUGAGAAAACUUCAAUCUCCAAACCAUUUGUACCAGAAUAUAGAAAGCCAGUUACUGAUAAUCAAGAUUCGGAAUUAAAGCAAAUACCACAAAUUCCUGAACGUAGAAAACCUGUUUUCGAAAGACAUAAACCAGACAUUAAACAACCAUUGGAUUCAGAAACAAACCCUUUCCUGAACUCCAUAGAUUCUUCUGCUGUUGAUAAAAUAUCCGAAGUUGCUGCAUCACAAAAUAUUUCUACACUUGGUUCUGAAAAAGAUGCUGGCCCAGGUUUAGAACCACCAUUAGCACCAACUAAGACACCAAUUACCGAGCCAGUGGUUGAGCCAGUAACUAAACCUGCAAUUGAAUCGGUAGUUGAAACAGAAAUUGAACCUAAGACUAAGCCUACCGUUGAACCUAAAGCCGAGCCUCCCGUUGGAUCCAAAGCCGAGCCUACUGUUGAACCUAAAUCUAAGCCUACCGUCGAACCAGUAGUGGAACCAGUAAUCGAACCAGUACUUGAACCAGUAUCCGAGCCAGCCCCCGAGCCAGCCCCUGAGCCAGUAUCUAAGCCAGUAAAUGAACCAAUUAUUAAACAACUAGUGGAACCUGUUGCAGAACCAAUAAAUGAGCUAGUUACAAAUCCAACCAGUAAACUAGUUACAGAACCAGUAGCUGAGACAGCAAUUGAGCCAGCUGUUGAGCCAGUCUCCAAACUACCUACAGAACUAAUUACUGAACCAGAAGCUAAUCCAAUAGCUGAAUCAGUUGCUAGACCAGCAGCUGAGUCAAUAGUGGAAUCAAUCGCUGAAUCAGAUGUUACACCAAUCGUUAAACCAGAAAUAGAAUCAAUCAUUCCUCCGACUACAAGACCAAUUGAAGAAUCUGUGGCAGAAUCUGUCUCAGAACUAGCCGCCAAAUCAGUUACCGAACCACAUAUGGAAACUGCCCCACUACCAGUCUCUGAGCCGGUGGUAGAACAUACUAGCAAUAGAAGUAUUGGAAGACCUGUACCAGUGGAAGUUAGUGUCGAUAAUCCUGUUAUUAAUGUCCCUAAAAUUGUGGCGGAUGAUGAAAAUAAAUUGCCUUCCAUGAAUCCAGAAACCAAAGAAGGAAUUAAAUCUUCCAACCAGCUUAAUAUUGCUUCAACUGAGCCCGAUAUUGAUGCUGCAAAAGAGGUAUCCCUUGGAAUCAAUGAUAACAUGAAGAAUUCUAACGAAGAUACUAUCGAAACUAAGCCAGUUUCUCCUAAACUUCCUCCAAGAAAAACAGUAUCUGAACUAAGAAAGAACAUUAGUCCAACAUUACCACCAAGGAAGAAAAAUAGUAUUGCUGAUACUCCUACUAUUUCUAAAUCUGCUGAUAAAGAAUUACCAAAAAUUCCUGAAAGACCAAAACCUAAAUAUGCAGUUCCACCUCCACUUUCUGAAGAAAUGAAGAAUGAAACUUUCAGAAAAAAUGUUGCUCUAACACAUGCUAGAUCGGAACCACCAAAAUUACCUCCAAACCGUCCUCGUGGCAACAGUAAAGUUGCAGAUCCAAGUGGAUUAUCUAAGAAUGCGGAAGUCAAUUUAAUUGCAAGUAGAUUUAAAGCCACUAGCAGUCAUUAUAAUAAGGCAGAUCAAAAAGAUAGAGAUCAAUUAGACCAAGGUCAAAAUAUUCUAAGAGAUUCAUAUGCAAGCUUAUUAAAGACAUUAAAUUUAGUUGUUAAUCAGGAUACUACAUUAGAACCACCUUUAACACCUGGUGAUGAUGAAAAUGCAUUAAAAGAUGUAGAUUGGACUUUCUGGACCCAAGUGGUAAAUGAUUUUCCCACUGUUGCCUCUAAUGAACCUGAAAAAUUAGAAGAACGAAUUACCAAUGGUAUCCCAUCCCAAAUUCGUGGUAUAAUUUGGCAAUUGAUUGCCAACUCUAAAUCCCAAGAAUUUGAAGAUAUUUAUACAACUUUAUCCACCGCAGAAACUCCGCACGAGGCCAAUAUUCGUAGAGAUAUUAGGCGUACAAAUUUUGUGAAUGAAUCCAAGACUGAAGCAUUAUUUAAUGUAAUUAAAGUCUAUUCAAUUUAUGAUCCUGAUGUUGGUUAUACUCAAGGUAUGGCAUUCAUUGCCGCACCAUUAAUAUUAAAUUUCGAAAAGGAAUCCGAUGCGUUUGGUCUAUUAGUUAGAUUAAUGAAAUCAUAUGGCUUACGUGAUUUCUUUUUAACUGAUAUGCCAGGAUUAAUGAUUACAUUAUAUCAAUUUGAUCGAUUGUUAGAAGAGAAUUCCCCUAUGUUAUAUAGUCAUCUUGGACGUGAAGGUAUCAGAUCUACCAUGUAUGCUACACAAUGGUUUUUAACUUUUUUCGCAUAUAAAUUCCCAUUAGGAUUUGUAUUAAGAAUUUAUGAUAUUAUAUUUGUGGAAGGUAUUGAAGUUAUAUUAAAAUUUGCAGUUAUAUUAAUGUUGAAGAAUCAAGAAAAAUUAAAGAAAUUGAAAUUUGAUAAAUUAUUGGAAUUCUUGAAAGGUGAAUUAUUCAAUUAUUAUUUGAAAGAUAAACCAUUAGAGAAUUCAGAUGAUAAUGCUAGUAUUAAUACUUAUCCAUAUAGUACUAAUGGUACAGUGACCUCCCCAUCUAAGAAGAGCAGUAGUAGUAAUAUAAAGACAAAAAACACAGACAAGAUAGAUGUUUAUAAUUAUAAUAUUGAUCAAUUUGUCAAGGAUGCGAUUAAUGAAGUGACAAUCACACCAAUUUCAUUAAAUCGGUACAAAGAAGAGUAUUAUGAAAUUCAUGAAGUGGAAAAGCAAAAAGAAGAACAAUAUGAAACUGUUCGUAUUCAAAAUAAACAAUUACAAAAAGAAGUUAAAAAAUUGGAACAUGAUUAUACUGUUUUGAAUCGUGAGCAUGUUCAAAUUGCUAAUGAAUUGAUCAAUAAUAGAUUAAAGACUGAGACAUUGGCGGAUGAGAAUAAUGAUUUGAAAUUAAAGAUUUUGGAAUUGAAAAAAAACAUUGAAGAGAAAGAUCGAAAGGCUAAGUUAUCCAAACCUGAUUCUAAUAUACCGAUUGAUCUGAAGGAAGAUUUAGAAAGAACCAUGAAACGGAAUAGUGAGGUGAUGAAUGAAAAUAUGAGAUUACAAGAUCGUGUGGAGUUACUAGAAAGCAGAGUAGAAGACUUAUUACGGGAUAAACGUGAAUUACAAGGAAAUAUACUUGCCAAUGACAAAAAAGAUGUUUUAAGUGAAACCUCAAGUGCAUCUCAUCCUCGUCCUCAUUUGCAUACGCAUGAUAUAAUCCAAAACAUCAACGCAAAGACAUCUACUAGCCCAUCUCUUAAUAAUAAUACCCUUAAUAACGAAGAAAGCCAAAACACCACUAUCCAAUCACCAUCUCAUUCCACUACAAGCCCUAACCCUAACACAGCCAGUGGUUCGAGUAGCAAUACCCAAACUAGUCCUAAAAAUUUACAAGGAUUAGGAGUGUCUGGAUGGCAUGGGUUUAAGAAAGUGUUUAAGCCUACAUCGUAA